AUGUCACAAUUAGAUGCUAGCUUUGGUGGCCCUGGAAGGCCAGAUAAUAACAACAACAAAGUGUUUGAUCAAAAUAACGAGAUGAAUCUUCUUGAUGACGGAGGUAACAAUAUCCUAGGUGACGUCUAUGGAAAUGGCCUUGACACUAUAAAUGCACAAUCAGGGUUCAAUUUUGAUGAGACUGAUGAUUUCCUCAAAUCUAUCUCUGGUGUGUUGGGUAAACCAUCAGAUAUGGCAAAUGUCAAUCUCAACAAUGUUAACUACAACAGCUCAAUUUUAUCACCAUCAUCGAUCAACGGAGAAGAGGUGGGAUUUCCAGAGUACUUGGGAGGUUACCCAGAUCAACCACAAACUACAUUUCAAGAUGGUCUGCUUGAUCAACCAUUGUAUGGUACUAGGAUAAGGUCACAUUCAUCAUCAAUUGCUACUUACAAUGGCGAGAAUAUAUCACCCUUAUCCAACAACACUAAUGAAACAUCAGACUACACGUCACCAGAGUCAAUCCAAAAUCAUGUAGUUGAGAAACCACCUGUGAAACACACCAAGAGAGGCUCUACAUCCAAAGUGACAAAGCCAAAGAACUCCAAAGACAAGAGCUCUCACAAUAUGAUUGAGAAAAAGUAUAGAACUAACAUCAACUCAAAGAUUUUAAUUUUGAGAGAUGCAGUGCCCGCUUUGAGAAUUGCCGCUGGUGCCGAUGAUGUCUCAUUAGCUGAUUUGGAAGGUAUUACUCCAGCUUCAAAGUUGAACAAAGCCAGUGUCUUGACUAAAGCUACCGAAUAUAUCAAACACUUGGAGCAAAAGAAUGCUGCCUUAAAGGACCAAAAUGACUAUUUACAAAAGGUUCUUCAGGAAGCCAACUUGAGUCCACAGAUACAGAUGCCUUUAGCUCAACGUCACAUGCUGAGCUCCCCCAAUGAUGGUAGUCAGCAAAUGUGUUCAAAUAUGAGACCAAAUAGUCUGCAGAGUUAUGAUGAGCCAAUCUACAUACAAAACCAACAAGCACCACCACCACCACCACAAAUGACAGCACAACUUCCACCACAACAGCAACAAGACAACGCAAACGGGCCAAAUAGGUACUUGUUGGGAGGAAUGGCAACUGUUAUGGCCACCUCCUUGUUUGGUGGUUCUGGUGAGAAUGACUUCAGGAGUUUGAGUGCGUUGCCAUUUGCUUCAUACUUGUUCCCUAGCGCUUUCUUGAAUCCAUCACCUAUUACGAUUCAAUUGUGGACAUUGACCAAGUUGUUGUUGGUUUUGGGAAGUUUAUUUUCCGUGUUUUAUCCAAUGGUUCGAAGCUUUAUGAACAGGCCAAUUGAUAAAGAGUUGAAGCUGAGUUCCGAGUCUAAUACUAUGACUGACUUCCUUUUGGUUUCUUUGUACAUGAAGGUUCCUAAGAAGCUAUCUGAACAACGCCGCGAGAGAAUUAUUGCCAAUUUGAGAGGGGGCAACAAUUGGAAGCAAUUGGUUUGGGAUUGUGUUGAGUUAUCCUCAUCUGAAUCCAAUUUUGAAAACACCUUUUUAAUGUUGUUGAUUGGAACCUUGUUGAAGAACAGGUUUGAAAAGUUGUCACCGGUAUUUGAUCAUUUCUUAGCUAUGAAAGGUGGAUUAAUCGUGAACCUUGAUUAUCGUGGAAACAACAAGUCAUUGAUCAGAUUGAGUCAAUUGAUUGGUAAGAUUGAUGGUCUUUCCAUGUUCACCAGUGAGGCUUUAAUGAAGCGAUUGAGUAAUGUGGCAACUGGUCAAUAUGUAAACUCUGGCGUUGAAGAUGGACAAGAUGCAAAGUAUAUUGAAACCUAUCAACAUACGAUUGGUGAUUACUACAAUUUGGUGAUCCAAUGGAGAAUCAUUGACAUUAUCCAUGCGUUGAAUUUGUCCUAUUUAGAAAACUUGACUGAAAACACUACUCAAGUUUUCACUGAUUUGAAAAUUGUUGAAUCAAUUAUUGAUAAGAAAUCACCAAUCUGGCCUCAAUUUCAAUUAUUUAUGACCAUUGUUGAUCCAAAUCAUACAUUGACAUUGGUCCAAAAGAUGAAAAGCAGGGUGGAAUACCAGGUGAAUAGAUUUAAAUCUGAUUGUAAAGAUUUGGAAGAAGAUACAGAAGAUGAAGAAGAAUAUUCAUCAUCAGAACUUGAUUUUGAGUCUGUUGUCAAAAGCUUAAAUUUAGUGUCACAAGAAGAAUUGGUUAUACUAUUAUCUUCAUUAGUUACGUAUUACCAUAAUCUUGACGAUAGUGAUAAGGAGGCUGAAAUCAUGAGACACUUGAGAAUACCCAGCAAGAAAUUCAGUUUAUUAACUUUUAUUGCAUUAAUAACUAUGCUCAAUACAAUAAUACCUGGUGCUGUUGAUGAUUUCGAUGGCACUUCAGAGAUAUUGAUCCUGGUUCGCAAAUGGUUAAAAGAAGGCUACUUGCAAAGAAAUAAAUUGGAUUUACAAUUUGUUGAUCUUGAUGACAAAUUGGCUGACUUGUUGCUUCAUAAAGGAAAGAUAAUAAAUGGUAUAGAUGUGGAAGAAGGUGAUGAAGAGUAG